GUCGUCACCAGAAGCCGUCCAUUUGCCAGCGGACGUUCAGAGGAGAAACAAGAAGCCACGCACUCGCCUCGCUAAAAAUAUAACAAAUUCUUUUUUUUUGGGCAAAACAAAAAGGGGCGAGCCUCCACCUCCAUUGACUAAAAAUAUUAAAUAAUAAUGUCGCAUCUGACUGAAAAUUUUUCCCGUCCAGAGAAGAAGGAGGAAGUCGUUACCUUUGGCAGCCUCGAUACGACGGUUCAGCAACUUCUUAGGGCAGCUUCCGAGGUACGCCAACGAGCCUAUGUGCCGUAUAGUGGAUUCAAGGUCGGUGCUGCUUUUCGGGCCAAGGCCAAUGACCAAAUCUUUGCGGGCUGCAAUGUGGAGAACGCGGCCUUUACACCCAGCUCGUGUGCCGAAAGAACAGCUCUUGCCAAAGCCGUAAGCGAGGGCACCACCGAGUUCUCAGUGGGUGCUGUUGUGGCCUUUGAGCCAGAUGUGUUUACCACCCCGUGCGGGGUGUGCCGUCAGUUUAUCCGCGAAUUUGCCACCGACGACAUACCCAUCUAUGUUGCCCAGGACAUUGAUGCAAGAUUUGCUGCCAAGGAGGAACCUUUCCGCAGCGAGGACCCCGUUCUAUGCACUUCUAUCUUCAAUCUGCUGCCGAGCAGUUUUCGCACAUAUCGGAAGUGAGACAGGCGGAGAGGCGAUAUUGCAAAAAAAAAAACAGAAAAAAAGAGCUGUUCAAGGUCGGAUGACCAACCCACUCCCCUAAACUGCCUCAUUUAUAUUGUAAUCUGUAUAAUUUUAAUCUAAUCACUUGAAAUAAAGAAAGUUACACUGCUUAA